AUGAGAAGAGGGUUCUCUGAUUAUUUAAUUCAAAAUAACUUAAUCUCUACUUUAAAUGAAGAACUUCCCGAAGUUGACUUGCAAUUAUUAAAAAAGAGAAAUGUUAUUGUUGAAAAAAAACUUGACAAAAUUAGGAAGGCAAAGAGAUCAAACUGGGAUUCAACGCACGAAAAAAUGCUGACUUGGUCUUUGUCGGGAUUUAGUGUACUAUUAUAUGGAUUUGGUUCAAAGAUCAAUUUCCUGGACGAGUUUGUAAAAAAAAAAAUAAAUGGAAAUUACGUUGCUCUAACUAUAAGGGGCUAUUUCAAAAAUGUUAAAUUUAAGAGCUGCUUAUUUGAACUAUUAAAAGUAAUGGAAAACACAGGAGAUUUGAUUAAUGAUGGUAUUAAAUCUUACAUUAAUAAUUCAAAUAGUAGUGAAUGCAGUAUUGAUUCUAUUAUUACAAAAAUUCAACUCUUAUAUAACAAUUCUAGUGCAUGUUUCGAGAACAUUUUCUUAAUAAUACACAAUAUAGACAGCCUAUCAAUUAGACCAUAUUUACCUGCAAUCUCACAACUAUCACAACUUCCAUUUAUAAGUGUAAUAGUUUCAGUUGAUAAUAUCAGAUGGCCUCUUCUCUGGAAUAACUCAAUGAGAUGUAAAAUGAAUUUUCUUUAUUUGAAAGUAUCUACAUUUGAAGAAUAUAAUAUAGAACUCGAUCACUUGUAUGAGAGCCAACUUCCACCGUGGCUAGGAAUACUUUCUGACGAUUCUAAUGGACAGUGCAAAUUAGAACAGCUAAAUUCAAUACUAAAUUGUCUAACACCUAGCCACAUUCAAGUGACAAAUGCAAUUGCCAACUUGCAACUCAAGUAUGGGUAUGCUGCUGAAGAUCAACUUUUCAAAAGUCUGAAGUCCUCAAUGAUAGUUACGACAAAAAGCUCUCUUUCGCAGCUUUUAAUCGAAUUAUUUACUCAUGACGUGCUAACAAAGCAAUCUUUAAAUAGUAAAGAAAACAAGGAUGGUGAUAUUGUAUAUAGGUUAAAGCUUUCCAAUGAACUUAUUCAAGAAUACCUUAAUAAUCUUCUCUAG